GACAAAGCCAGAUGGGGGUCUCCACGCUACGGAGACCACAGUCUGCCCCGGGGAGCCUGGGGGAGCCUGGGCUGCUGAGGCAAGACGGAGGCUGCCCGGGCCCCGGGAUGGCAGGUGCCUGUGGUGCAGGGGAUGCCCUCCUGCCCGCGCUUCCAGACCCACCUGGGAGGUCCUGUGCCCCUGCCUGCAGCUGGGGAGGUGCUGCUGUCCAGCACCCACCACACGUGCUGCAGGGCCUUCCAUUCCCAGUCGCCCGGGAGGAGAAGGGCACACGGGCACCCAUGCCGCCCACAGCCCCCUCCUGGCCGGGCCUCUGAGCACAGUGGACCCAGGCAGAGAGUUGCUCAUGGCUCUGACUCCCAGGGGAGGGGCACCUCAGAAUCUAGCUCUUGACUUCAUUUGAUGUCAGGAAUCUUCCAGAAAAGACCCAGACAUGGUCAAUUCUUUUUCCCCUGGUACCAGAGGUUGAACCUAGGGGCGCUGAACCCCUGAGCCCCAUCCCCAGCCCACUAUUGUAUAUUUUGAGACAGGGUCCCACUACGUUUCUCAGGGCCUGGCUAAAUUGCUGAGGCUAGCCUUGAACUUGGGAUCCUCGGGGCAUGGUGGAUUUCACCUGGAGUUUUGGAGGUUCAUGGAUCCUCUGAGGUUCAUCUAGGGACCCGGGCUGCAGGUUGAGGAUUUGGGAUGUGAAGACUGUUUUCCAGAUGAGGCGACAGAGGCCUGUAAGUGCAUUGCAGGAAUUAUUUCACGUUCCACCAUCAUUCAAGCGCGUGACCGAGCACAGUCACUUUUCUCAGUUUCUCAUCUGAGAAACCGGACAGCACCGUUCAAUCCUGCUGGGCUGGCAGAGUGACCAAGGAGAAGGUGCACCAGGCCCUGGGCCACUAGCUGACCACUGCCCGGCUGCCCUUGGCUAUGGACACCCCUGGCUAUCCUUCACUGGUGCCCACGACCUCGGACCCGGGGAACACCUCCUCCUCCUGGCUCCUGGAUGUCACUGCCGGCAACGCCUCCUCGGGCCCUGGCCCUGCGGGGCUGGCCGUCAGCGGUGUUUUGAUCCCUCUGGUCUACCUGGUGGUGUGCGUGGUGGGGCUGCUGGGCAACUCGCUGGUCAUCUACGUGGUCCUACGGCACACGGCCAGCCCGUCGGUCACCAGCGUCUACAUCCUCAACCUGGCGCUGGCCGAUGAGCUCUUCAUGCUGGGGCUGCCAUUCCUGGCCGCCCAGAACGCCCUGUCCUACUGGCCCUUUGGCUCCUUCAUGUGCCGCCUGGUCAUGGCGGUGGACGGCAUCAACCAGUUCACCAGCAUCUUCUGCCUCACGGUCAUGAGCGUGGACCGCUACCUGGCCGUGGUGCACCCCGCGCGCUCCGCCCGCUGGCGCACAGCGCCCGUGGCGCGCACGGUCAGCGCGGCCGUCUGGGUGGCCUCGGCCGUGGUGGUGCUGCCCGUGGUGGUCUUUUCGGGCGUGCCGCGGGGCAUGAGCACCUGCCACAUGCAGUGGCCCGAGCCGGCGGCCGCCUGGCGGGCGGGCUUCAUCAUCUACACGGCGGCGCUGGGCUUCUUCGGGCCGCUGCUGGUCAUCUGCCUGUGCUACCUGCUCAUCCUGGUGAAGGUGCGCUCGGCGGCGCGCAGGGUGCGGGCGCCCUCGUGCCCGCGGCUGCAGGCGCCCUCGUGCCCGCGGCGGCGGCGCUCGGAGCGCAGGGUCACGCGCAUGGUGGUGGCGGUAGUGGCGCUCUUCGUCCUCUGCUGGAUGCCCUUCUACGUGCUCAACAUCGUCAACGUGCUGUGCCCGCUGCCCGAAGAGCCCGCCUUCUUCGGCUUGUACUUCCUGGUGGUGGCGCUGCCCUAUGCCAACAGCUGUGCCAACCCCAUCCUCUACGGCUUCCUCUCCUACCGCUUCAAGCAGGGCUUCCGCAGGGUCCUGCUGCGGCCGUCCCGCAGAGUGCGGAGCCAGGAGCCCGUGGCCCCCGAGAAGACGGAGGAGGACGAGGAGGAGGAGGGAGAGGAGGGCGGGGAGGAGGAGGAGCGGGGAGGGAGGAAAGGCCAGGAGACGAACGGCAGGGUCAGCCAGGUGGCGCAGCCCGGCACCAGCAGGCAGGAGCAGCCGCCCGGCAGAGCGGCCAGCAAGGAGCAGCAGUUCCUGCCCCAGGAGCCCUCGGCCGGGGAGAAGUCCAGUACCCCACACAUCAGCUACCUGUAAGGGUCCUGGGAGGAAGGGCGGGGCCUGCGGCCAGCCGAGGGCAUCCUGUCUGAGGUCUCAGAGGCCCAACAUGGGAUGUUCAGAGGCCUGCAGUGGGAUCCCACUGCUGGGUGGCCUUGGCAGAUGGCUUACCCUCUCUGGGCCUUAUUUCCUUCUCUGUAACUCAGGGGUGGGAAUACUGAGCCUGGAUGAGCUCGGUUAGAUUGAGGGGUCUGGAGGGCGUGGCUCCUGGGCUGACCUUCUUGAGUGGGGCCCAGGUUAGGGGCUCUGCAGCCUGUCCCUCAGACAUGGAGCCUCCUGGGGAUGAGCCUGCACCUCGGCCCUCAGAGGGACAAACCAGGCCUGAACUUUCUGGGCUCACACUCAGGGAUGUGGGAGAUGCUGGGGAGCAGACAGGAGCCCCAACAGAAGAAGUCCAAGUCUGGGGGAGGGGCAGCGGAACUGCUCAGGCCCCAGGUCAGUUCUCCCUGGCCCUUGAGGCCCCCUUUAUCUCUGGCCUCACAUGCUGCCAACUCAGUGACCUCCAGGCCCUUGUGGCCCAAGUGGUCAGCGCAGGACCUCGCGUGCUGCCGAGCGUGACGAGAGGAGGCAGAUUUUCCAGGAAGUCCAGCUUCAGGCUGUCUCGCUGCCUGGGCCUUUUGAGGCCCCGGGUCUAACCUUGUCCUUGUGACUGACAUUCCUUUCCUUGGAGAGGGACUCCACGCUUGGGCCACCCAGAGCCUAGCGGGGUCCUGUUGAGGUCAGCCACUGACUUCAGGCAGCUCACUGUAGGGGCUCCAGAGCUGCCCAGGUCGUGGAGGGCUGCAGGCAUCUCCUUCAGGACCAGCCCCGUCCUCCUCCUUUCGACCCGUGUCCCCUCACAGACAAGAUGGACAUGACCCCCACAGAUGGUGCAGGAAGGCAGAGCUGGGAGGGUCACAGGGGAGGAGGUUAGGGGAGAAGAGGAGGACAGGGAGGGACAGGAAGAGAAGGAGGAGGACAGGUCUGUUUGGGGACCUUGGAGCCGUCCUUGGCCCUUGGCUGGACCGAGGCCCUGGGAGUGGAGCUGGCCCCCAGGGCAGCGGGGAGGUUGGAGAACUGCAGGCUGCGGGAGCCGGCCUCCCUGUUUUCUGUAUUCCAUGGGGGAAUACAGGGAGCAGCCUCUGUCCAGGUCCCUCCCAGAGCUGACCCUGUAGGGCCACCAUGAGGCUGGCCCUGGGGAGGGGGUGGUCCUUCUGCUAAGCCCCGCCCCCCUCAGAGGGCAGGCGCUCCUCAGGGAAAACACAGGAGCCAGGAGAGUGGAGACCUGGUCUCUGGCUCACCUCAGGACCCUUUCUGGCCUUGACCUCUCUGGGCCUCAGUUUCCCCAUCAUGAAACAGAGGUGACAUCCAGCUGGCUGCCUGCUGGGAUCUGGAGAGACAAACACGUGAGUGGGUGGGUUACCGAGCUCCUGCCAGGGGCACCUUGGAUCACGGAGCGGGCGCACCUCCACCCCCAGGGCUGGCCUGCACCCUCCUCUUUUAGCAAGUGGCCUCUGUAUUGGGCUUUUGGAGGUGAGAACACCGUAGGCCACGAAGAAUGGGGAUUAGGAGGCCAGAGGUCAAGGGUCAGGGAGGCAGGGCUAGGAGAAGAAGUUCCCACAGCCAGACCUCCUGGCGGUUGGAGGUCAAACACCCAGCUCUGGGGCUCAGUCUGGGGUUCCCCUGAGGAGAAUCUGAGGGUCUUCCCUGGCUGACUGUGCUCCCCAACUCCUGGCGCAGGUCAGCAAUGGGUCUGGGGACUGGUUACGACAUCUUUUACUGCUUCUGCCCCUAGCACUUGUCAAUAAAGACGGUGGCACACGACAAGA